GCCAGGGCUGCGGCUCAGAGGAACGCGCGCCGGUGUCCCGGGUCGCUGCGCCGCUGGACCGCAGCCUGCAUCCCGUUCCUCUCUCCCUGAAAAGCCACCAGGAAAAGAGAGAGAGAGAAUAGUUCACAGCAGGAUAAAUGUUGUCAAGUGUCUUUUGUGAUGCUCACCCUGACUUAAGUUAUUCGAGACAAUUCUUCCAGACAACUGCCUUCACACUUGGACUAGAACUAUAACAUCUGCUGUCCUGGUUCCCAGGCUUUUGAACAUACACUGUUGGUUCUUCUGAAUCUUCACCUUGCCAACUGCAGAUCUUGGGAGUCGUCAGCCUCAAUAAUUAUAUUAAAUUAACACCGUUGGAAAGAGAACAUUGUUUUCAUCAUGAAUGCUAAUAAAGAUGAGAGACUUAAGGCGAGGAGCCAAGAUUUUCACCUUUUUCCUGCUUUGAUAAUGCUAAGUAUGGCCAUGUUGUUUCUUCCAGUCAUUGGUACUUCAAAACAAAAUAUUCCAAGACUCAAGCUAACCUACAAAGACUUGCUGCUUUCAAAUAGCUGUAUUCCCUUUUUGGGUUCAUCAGAAGGACUGGAUUUUCAAACUCUUCUGUUAGAUGAGGAAAGAGGCAGGCUACUCUUGGGAGCCAAAGACCACAUCUUUCUACUCAGUCUGGUUGACUUAAACAAAAAUUUUAAGAAGAUUUAUUGGCCUGCUGCAAAGGAACGGGUGGAAUUAUGUAAAUUAGCUGGGAAAGAUGCCAAUACAGAAUGUGCAAAUUUCAUCAGAGUACUUCAGCCAUAUAACAAAACUCACAUAUAUGUGUGUGGAACUGGAGCAUUUCAUCCAAUAUGUGGAUAUAUUGAUCUUGGAGUCUACAAGGAGGAUGUUAUAUUCAAACUAGACACACAUAAUUUGGAGUCUGGCAGACUGAAAUGUCCUUUCGAUCCUCAGCAGCCUUUUGCUUCAGUAAUGACAGAUGAGUACCUCUACUCUGGAACAGCUUCUGAUUUCCUUGGCAAAGAUACUGCAUUCACCCGAUCCCUUGGGCCUACUCAUGACUACCACUACAUCAGAACUGACAUUUCAGAGCACUACUGGCUCAAUGGAGCAAAAUUUAUUGGAACUUUCCCCAUACCAGACACCUACAAUCCAGAUGACGAUAAAAUAUAUUUCUUCUUUCGUGAAUCAUCUCAAGAAGGCAGUACCUCCGAUAAAACCAUUCUUUCUCGAGUUGGAAGAGUUUGUAAGAAUGAUGUAGGAGGACAACGCAGCCUGAUAAACAAGUGGACGACUUUUCUUAAGGCCAGAUUGAUUUGCUCAAUUCCUGGAAGUGAUGGGGCAGAUACUUACUUUGAUGAGCUUCAAGAUAUAUAUUUACUCCCCACAAGAGAUGAAAGAAAUCCUGUAGUAUACGGAGUCUUUACUACAACCAGCUCCAUCUUCAAAGGCUCUGCUGUUUGUGUGUAUAGCAUGGCUGACAUCAGAGCAGUUUUUAACGGUCCAUAUGCUCAUAAGGAAAGUGCAGACCAUCGUUGGGUGCAGUAUGAUGGGAGAAUUCCUUAUCCGCGGCCUGGUACAUGUCCAAGCAAAACCUAUGACCCACUGAUUAAAUCCACCCGAGAUUUUCCAGAUGAUGUCAUCAGUUUCAUAAAGCGGCACUCUGUGAUGUAUAAGUCCAUAUACCCAGUUGCAGGAGGACCAACAUUCAAGAGAAUCAAUGUGGAUUACAGACUGACACAGAUAGUGGUGGAUCAUGUCACUGCAGAAGAUGGCCAGUAUGAUGUAAUGUUUCUUGGGACAGACAUUGGAACUGUCCUCAAAGUUGUCAGCAUUUCAAAGGAAAAGUGGAAUAUGGAAGAGGUAGUGCUGGAGGAGUUGCAGAUAUUCAAGCACCCGUCCAUCAUCUUGAACAUGGAAUUGUCUCUGAAGCAGCAACAAUUGUACAUUGGUUCCCGAGAUGGAUUAGUUCAGCUCUCCUUGCACAGAUGCGACACUUAUGGGAAAGCUUGUGCAGACUGUUGUCUUGCCAGAGACCCCUACUGUGCCUGGGAUGGAAAUGCAUGCUCUCGAUAUGCUCCUACUUCUAAAAGGAGAGCUAGACGCCAAGACGUAAAAUAUGGUGACCCGAUCACCCAGUGCUGGGACAUCGAAGACAGCAUUAGUCAUGAAACUGCUGAUGAAAAGGUGAUUUUUGGCAUUGAAUUUAACUCAACCUUUCUGGAAUGUAUACCUAAAUCCCAACAAGCAACUAUUAAAUGGUAUAUCCAGAGGUCAGGGGAUGAGCAUCGAGAGGAGUUGAAGCCUGAUGAAAGAAUCAUCAAAACGGAAUAUGGGCUACUGAUUCGAAGUUUGCAGAAGAAGGAUUCUGGGAUGUAUUACUGCAAAGCACAGGAGCACACUUUCAUCCACACCAUAGUGAAGCUGACUUUGAAUGUCAUUGAGAAUGAACAGAUGGAAAAUACCCAGAGGGCAGAGCAUGAGGAGGGGCAGGUCAAGGAUCUAUUGGCUGAGUCACGGUUGAGAUACAAAGACUACAUCCAAAUCCUUAGCAGCCCGAACUUCAGCCUUGACCAGUACUGCGAACAGAUGUGGCACAGGGAGAAGCGGAGACAGCGAAACAAGGGGGGCCCAAAGUGGAAGCACAUGCAGGAAAUGAAGAAGAAAAGAAAUAGAAGACAUCACAGAGACCUGGAUGAGCUCCCUAGAGCUGUGGCCACGUAGUUUUCUACUUAAUUUAAAGAAAAGAAUUAUUUACCUACAAAAA